UAAUAAAAUUAAUCUUUGUUUGCAUUUAUUUUUAACUCUCUCAAAUGUGUGUCUCUUGAAUUCUUUUCAAAAAUUUUUGUGUGUUUUUAUAAAAUAACUAUAAAUUCUAAAUAUUUUAUAAGAAAUUAAAUCAGUAGCAAAUUUUAAUUACUCCCAGUGACAUCGUUUAAAAAACAAAAGAAUUCAAAUGAAAAUUAUAAUAAUCUUAGCAUUUUGGUUGUCUGUUGCAGCAGCACAAUUUGGUGGUUUCGGUUUUGGUCCAGGUUUGGGACCACGUCCAAAUUUUGGUCCACGUCCAGGUAUUGGUGUGGGUCCUGGUUUUGGAGGCUUUGGUCCACGUCCAGGUAUUGGUGUUAUUCCUGGUAUUCCCAAUUUAGGACCUGGUGCACUUAAUAAUAACCAGGGUUCUAAUCCCAAUAGUGGAGCUGCCAUUACAUUUCCCGAUACUAAUUCUAAUACGGGUGCCCGUGGUUAAGAGCAUUAUUACUUUUGUCUGUGAUAUAAAAUAUAGAUUAAUAAAGUUUUGUUUUUAAGAUUAAAAUUUAUUAAGUUAUUUGUUCAUAUUUAAUGUUA